AUGGAACAACGCAGUUCCCCCGCCAGAUCGCUGCCCCCGCGAAAAACCACCACGACUCCCCAGCUCAGUUGCGAACUCUGCCGCAAGCGCAAGGUCAAGUGCGACAAGCUCACCCCCUGUACCAACUGUGCAGCAUCGGGGACGGUCUGUGUCCCCAUCUAUCGCACACGACUACCCCGAGGCCGACAUGCCACUCGUCCGCGUCGAGUGUCAUCGCCUCCGCCUACAUCAGCUCCCGGGGAGACCGAUCGGAUAAUCCAGCCAUCUGUCCCAGUCAAUGAGGAUCUCCAGGAACGAAUAUACCGACUGGAAGCUCUCAUCCAGGGGAUGAACUCCCACUCCCAUACCCGAACACCAUCCGCCACCUCGCGCGAACAGUCCGUCCAAUUAUCCGACACUUCCACAUUCCAAACGGCUCCCAAUCCUAAUACUUCCCCCAUCCUCAAUAGUUCUAUUGUUUCCAAGCGUCUCAUGUUGCAACGACCCGAUCAGUUCUGGGCCGACUUGGUGGAUGAAAUUCACGGACUCCGCGAAGUGGUCGAAUCAUCUCUGGCAGGAGGACAAGAGGGCCCGAUCCCUUCCUCCGACUCGGCCAAGUCCGAGCCGCCCAAUGAUGACGGAAUCCAGGUUCUUGGCCUGGGAGCUAGCAAUCCUUCUGCAGCCCUACGGUCCAUGAGUCCGUUGCAUAAUCCGGUGGUCGCCCGUCAGCUCUGUGAAGUGUAUCUCCAACAGGUCGAUCCAGUGAUUAAGAUCCUCCAUCGUCCGUCGCUGAACCGAUGGAUGGUUCAAGGGGAACCGUAUUUAUCGUAUGCAGAUGGUCACCCCGCGGUAGAGGCACUGGGUUCCGCCGUCUGCUACUCGGCUAUUAGCAGCAUGACGGACAACCAGUGCUCCGUAAUGUUUCAUGCCAACAAGGCAGAUUUAUUGGCCGAGGCUCGUGUAGCCUGUGAGACGGCAAUUGGACGUGCGGGUCUGCUUACCACCCGCGAUAUUACCGUUUUGCAAGCGUUUGUUUUGUAUCUGGUAGCUAGGAGAUCUGAAGACCGCACUCCGGCCGUCUGGACUCUGAUCGCACUGGCUGUGCGAAUCGGUAAAGGCCUCGGUCUUUAUCUGGAUCCCGAGACGGAGACCUUUUUCGAUCAGCAGAUACGGAGGCGCCUCUGGUUUACCAUUUGCCUGAUGGAUUUGCAAGCCUCCUUCGGCCAGGCAUCUGAGCCGCUGAUUAGUGUCGACGAGUCUGCAUCCACAGCUCUUCCCCAGCACAUCAAUGAUUCGGACUUUGAUCCGACCACGGCCGCCCACAGCGAUCCAAACAGGGAGGGUCUGACAGACACAACCUUUGCCUUGGUCACCUACCAUGCUCAGCGGACGGGCCGUCUUCUCAACUUUGUUCAACACGAUCGCAAGGUCGAUGGGGGGAUUCCAACUCCCACAUCCUCUACUUCCGGUACUUCUACAUCCCGCUCUCGUACAUGCGACCCCAGUUGGCCGCAGCAGCAGGCCCGGCACUUCGAACAAGAAGCACUGCGGCUCCUCCAUUUCUGUGACCCUGGCACCUCUGCGUACGCCUGGUUCACCUGGCACGGCACGCAGAGCCUAAUCGCGACAGUCCGACUGGCAGCCGCGCGACCGCUCCAAUGGCACGGUCAGGCGCCGCCGCCUCGCCGCGAGGGCAACACCGAGCUGCUGCGUCUCUGUCUCCCCGUGCUGGAGAAAGCGCAACUCAUGCACACCGACCCCCGUGCCGAGGGCUUCCGUUGGUAUGUAACAAUUCCCUGGUACGCGCUGGCGAUGGCCCUCGCAGAGUGCUAUGUGAGCAGUGACACUGCCCUGGUGCGGUACGCCUGGCCGCUGGUCGAGUCGUCGUACCUGCAGUACGAGGCAACGCUGGGGCAAUCUCUCGGCGGCCCAUUCGGACAACUCAUGCGGCGCAUGAAAGAGAAGCUGGCGGCGCCGGCCGCCCUCCCACCAAGCAGUCUGCCGAGCACCAACUGGAGUCCAGCCACUCCCCCAACAUUCCCGGGCGUGCCUCGGCCACAGAGUAGUCAUGAUGAUCGACAUGCACCCGGUUGCUCUUGGCCGGUGCCCACCGGAUCCACCCCGCCUGCGGAUCUGGGGGUGCCAUCCCUCCUGCCAGUAUCCACCUGGGAGGCGCUCUCGCCACCGUCGUUGGACAACCCUUCGCUCUUCGGGGUGCCUCCGACGACGACGGCGGUGGCGGACGGGAUGGAUCCGGGGGCGGAUAUAAUGUGGGAGGAGUUGUUUUCGGGGAUUCCGUUCAAUGAGAUAGCGGGGCCGGAUACGUUCUUUUUCGAUAUGAACUGGGGGAGUUGA